AUGGCUAGCUUGAGCACGAGCUUGCUCGGAAUAGGAAGAGCCUACUCGAGUAACAAGAAGGACGUGAGGAGUAAAAACGCAGCGUUUUGUAAGAAGCAUCCAAAACACAGGCAAUCACCUGGUGUUUGUUCUCUCUGUCUCAACGAGAAGCUGUCUCUUUUCAUGAAAUCAACUUAUUCUUCUUGUUCUGCUUCACGUCGACGAAAAGCUCGUCAAAUCUUAUGUUCUUCCUCAACUACUUCAUCUCUCUCCUCUUACUGUUCGUCCUCUGCCUCUUCUUGCCCGUCUCCUCUUGUUGAUCGGCGAUGCUACUUGUUAAUGGCUGGAGGCAGCGGCAGAGAAAAAGGAAUUUCGUGGAUGACUAAAAGCCGAUCUGUGGCUCAUAAAGUGGAUGAUGAGCAAAGAAAGAAGACGAGCAAAGGUCGUUUCUUUUUUGGUUUGGUUGGUACAAGAAGAGAUAAUAAGAGAGUGUUGUAG